AGGGAGUCUGUCGGGCAGAUGGAGCCCCUGGCUGAGGGCUUCAGGCAUUAGAAUAAAAGAUGAACUUUUCUCGGGCCCACCUCCGGAGUCCUUCCUGAUGUUCCUGCCUGAUGCCUCAUAUCCCUGAACGGGCAGAGGGAUGUUCCCAGCUUGGAGACUCCAGCUCAGCCGUUUGGAUGAAGAUGGCAAGUUCCUCAGGCUCCUGGCUCUCCAGAUGCUUCAUCACACUCGUCUUCCUCCAGUUGCCUUUGCGUGUGUCAGCCCCAUCUCCAGGGAGGUUCUCCUCAUCAGCAGUGGCUCUUGCUGUGAUCCUGCCUGUCCUGGGGAUUUUCAUCACGGUGGGCAUUUACAUCAUCUGGAAGCAAAGAAGGUCAAAAGAGAGGCUUCUCUAUGAACACGCAAUGGAGGUAGAAAAUCUUCUCUCAGACCAUGCAAAAGAAAAAGGACGUCUCUAUAAAGCCCUCAAGAAACUCCGGCAUGAACUGAAGUUAAAGAGAGCUGCAGCAAACUCAGGCUGGAGAAGGGCCCGGCUACACUUUGUGACGGUGACCCUGGACCCAGACACAGCGCAUCCCAAACUCAUCCUGUCUGAGGACCGCAGGUGUGUGAAGCUUGGAGACACAAGGCAGCCUGUGCCCAACAACCCUCAGCGAUUUGACUUCGUCGUCAGUGUCCUGGGCUCUGAGUACUUCAUAGCUGGCUGUCACUACUGGGAGGUGUCUGUGGCAGACAAGAGCAAAUGGGCCCUGGGGGUGUGUAGUGAGUCAGUGAGCAGGAAGGGGAAGGUCACCGCCUCGCCCGCCAAUGGACACUGGCUCCUGCGACAGAAUCGCAAGAAUGAGUACGAGGCCCUAACAUCCCCGCAGACCUCCUUCCGCCUGAAAGAGCCCCCACGGUGUGUGGGGAUUUUUCUGGACUAUGAAGCAGGAGUCAUUUCCUUCUACAACGUGACCAACCAGUCCCACAUCUUUACUUUCACCCACAGUUUCUCUGGCCCCCUUCGCCCUUUCUUUGAACCUUGCCUUCAUGAUGGAGGGAAAAACAUGGCACCUCUAGUCAUCUGUUCUAAACUCCAAAAACCGGAAGAAUCAACUGUCCCCAAGCCAGAAGAAAAAGGUCUUGCUAAUGGAGACGUGGCCCUGCAGGUGGACCCUCUUCUGCUCCCCGCUCAGGCACCAGAGCUCCUUCCACUCACAGAUAUGAUCCUGUCCUGGCCCUCUGACAUUGGCCCAGCCCUGCAGGGGCUCAAGGUUCCUUCUUUUUAGGGAUGAGCCUCAUCACCUGCUCCCCAGACGCUCCAGCCCAGUGCCCUGGAUUUCAGUCUCUUGGCCUAACCACCUGAUUCUGGACCGUCUCUCCUCCUUUCCCCCAGGCCCCUUUGUGGUUUCUCUUGUACCAACUUUCUCCCAGGGCUCAGUUCUAAACCGUGUCUUCCUUCUGGGGACUUGAAGUUUACAUUGCCCUGGAAGAAUUCUUGAAAACCAAAUGAUGGGAAUUCCCUGGCAGUCCAGUGGUUAGGACUCCGUGCUUUCACUGCUGAGGGCCCAGGUUCAAUCCCUGGUUGGGGAACUAAGA